AUGCUGUCAGUUAUUGGAGAGGACGCCACAAAAGCAUUCGAUGCCUUCGAAUGGGGAGAAACCAAGGACGACUCAAAAAUAGAAGAUGUCCUUGCAAAGUUCGAUGAAUACUGUGAUCCACGAACACAGGUCAUCUACCAACGCUAUCGAUUUAAUAAAUCGUAACCAAGAACCUGGAGAAAGCAUCGCAUCAUACCUUACAGAAUUAAGCCAACAUGAAAGUAUCACUCCAGAUGACAUCUUACGUGACAGAAUUGUGCUGGGAAUUCGAGAUGACAAAAUCCGUGAGAGAUUACUCCGAUUAAACGAUUUAACGUUGCAAAAAGCUGUCGAUUUAAUUAAAGCAGAAACAGACUGAACAACAAGUCAAACUUAUGAGUGGAAACCUCGGUGGAACCGCGAACGUAAAUGCGUUAAAACAGGGCAGUGGUAAAAACAACAAUAGUUUUAAGAAGACUCAUCAAAAACGGGAAGUAUCACGAGAUCUCUGUGGCAGAUGUGGAACAAAACACGCAAAGAAAAAUUGUCAGGCAUUUCCACAGAAAUGUCGUAGAUGUGGAAAUCUUAACCACUAUCAAUCCCUUUGCCGCACCAAGCUCGUUGGUACUGUAGGUGAAGAAGCUUCAGAAGAAGAUGUGUCAUACGAAAUCUGCACUGUUGAUGAAGAUUCCCGUCCUAGUGUCAACAAAGCAUUCGUUGACAUAUUUGUCAGCACUAAAAAGCCCGGAAAUCAAGUACGAUUUCAAGUGGAUACAGGGUCAGAAUGUAACUUGCUGCCAACUAAAUUGUACAAGUCCCUAACCGGUGACACGAACCUUAGUAUGUUACGAAAGUGCAAUAAAUCGAUCGUUUCCUACACUGGCGAACGACGGCAGAUAGCAGGAAAGAUAAAUCUUCGAGUCUGGCACAAACGCAGUACACAAACGUUGACGUUUAAUGUUAUCGAUGGCGAGUAUCAGCCCAUCUUAUCACUCAACACAAGUAUCGCGCUUGGAAUAGUCACGUUCCAUGACUGUGACGUUCUUUCACUCACGAUAUCAUCACGUAGUAACGCGAUCCUUGAAGAAUUCAAAGAUGCUUUUGAGGGACUAGGAUAA